UUGGUCACAUUACAUUGUUUUUUUUCCUAAAGUUAAUAUAUAUUAUGUAUCUUACAAAAGGGUAAUCACUAGUAAUUACAACCCUAAUAGGAGAUGUUAAAAAAUUAAAAAAAUAAAUCAUAAUAAGAAGUUUUGUUAUACCCAAAUAUUAAAAACAGAAGUAAUAUUAAAUCAAAUAGAAUUAGGACUCAAAAUUGAUGUAUUAUAAAUACAACUGCACCCAACGCUAUUCUUCAUCAUUCUCUCAAUCUUGCUUUCUUUUCUACUUCUCUCUCUCUAGAUUAAUUAUAGAUUAAUUAAUUAAUGGCUUCAUCGAUGAAGUUUAUGUUUUUAGUUGUGGCUUUCCUUUUCUUCGUGUCACAAUAUUCUGUUGCUCAAAAAAGUUGCGCGUACGAUUACAUGUUCGAAGGUCGAUACGCUACUCGCGACUACAACGGUAACUUGAUCAACCCUCCACCCCCCAACCGUCCCUUGUACAUCUCCGCUAAUUCAGUUUGUCACGAUCCGGCAGAUUGUAGUGAUAAACUUGAAACGAGUCUUGCUUUCAUCGGACUAGUCAGCCAGAACUUUUACAACGAUGCGAUCUUACAAAGGAAAACGAUUCCGGAGUUGAAGAGCAUGAUCCCGGUCGUUGUUAGCUCGGCUAUUGAUAUUGCUAGGGAACAAAUUGAUUCGGGGAGUCAAAGAGUAAUUAUUCCCGGAUACAUCCCACUCGGAUGUCUCCCUAUCUAUAAAACCGUAUUCCAAACGAAAAACUUGGCGGCAUACGGCUUAAGCCAUUGUCUGAAGCGAUUCAACUACUUGACGAGGUCCCACAACGAACAACUGCAAGCAGCCAUAGCCAAGCUGGCACGAGAGAGGCCAAACGCGGUAGUAAUCUACGCUGAUUUCUACAAUGCUUACCUAUAUCUCCUCCGUGUCGCUAGACAUAACGGAUUUGAGAUUAAAAAGUCUUGCUGCGGAAGGGGAGGCGAUUACAACUACAACAUUAAAAGAACGUGUGGAGCUACGGAUAUUCCGCAAUGCCCCGAUCCCGAACGUCACGUAAACUUCGAUGGUGUCAAUUUGUCUGAAAUCAGCCACAAAAUCAUGGCUAGUCGAUUGGCGACCCUUAUCUUACCCAAGCUUCAAUGCCGUUUCUGAAGUACUACAACCGUCAGCUAGAUUAAUUUUUCGGAGCUGGAUUUCUUGUACUAGUUUAGUUAGAUCUAAUUUUACUCAUUGCAAUAUUUAGAAGGAUGAACUCUAGAUGUUAGGUUUGGUAUAUUCGUGCACUUGACACUUAAUUAAUAAUUAAUAAGAAUUUUAGUAUUCAUAUUUGUGUAAAUUUAAUCAAAUCAGGCAAGCAUAUUAAUUUUGACAAUACUAUAUACAAAUGCAGUUACUUUU